AUGUCCAUGGAGACACAUUAUUUAUUUCAAAAUUGCAACGCCUCAAAUGAUCGGAAUCGCGGUGGUGGAUUACCCUUUUGGAGGGUUUUUAUGGAUUGUAGGAAAGAUAGACCAACGAUAGCUGAUGGUAUCAGUAAUGAGUCGCAAUGUACAACUUUUACUAAUGAUCUCAAAGAUGUUGAACAAAUAUCUGAAUGCACAUCUGAAGCAUCAUGUGAGAGCAAUGCUCAGAUAGAAAAUGACACAACUAAAAAACGACAGCCUAUCGGUAGCUUUAAUUUGGGUGCUGUAUUCGCUGAAGCUGAAGCAUCAGACAAUCUAUUAGAACGGAAGCAAUUUAAUUUAAAAUUAGUCAAGGAAUUUCGAAUCAAAGAUGGUACUACGGGUUUUGGUUAUGAUACAAUCUUCAGUGAUGGCAUCGAUGAGCGGUUGAAGUCGGUUAUCGUUGAUGAACCGUAUUUGCGAAAUAAAUCACAGAUUACAAACUUAGUUGCAUUUUGCGAGUUGUUGGUAUCAGGAGCACCUAAUCUUCGUGAAAUUGUGCUUUGUACGCAGGCAGAACAAACUGCUUUGCACGAGCUGUGGCUACAGUUGGGGCAGCUGAGGAUUGAUCUUAUGUUACGAAAUGUAGUUUUGAAAGUGAAAUGUAGCGGUACCAUGCAUGAUCGAGAAAUUAGAUUUGACAAUGGUUGGACUUAUCGCAUUGGCCGAGGCUUAGAUUACUUUCAAAAGCAGCAACCGUUAACUUUAGGCAUAACCGAUUUCAAUUUAAGGAAGUGCCAGGAAACAAAUGUAUGUAUAUUAAGAGAAAUGCGACGUAAAAAUGCUAUGUAA